UCACCAUAUUUUGGAAAUGUUCAAGUGAAUAAAGAAGAGCGUGAUUGUUUAGGAAUUAAAGUUUGUCAAUUUACUGAUCAUUUACAAGCAUUGAACAUAAUGAGAUCGAUAUUGAAUCAUCAUUGUGGAAAAGAAUUACUGAAAAUCAAAACGUCAAUUCUAAAAAAACUUACACCUACUACAUAUUUGGCUGCUAAAGAUACUUCUUGUAAAUUCAAAUAUGAUAAUAGAAGUACUUGUUCUGGAAAACCAAUUUUAUGUAAAUUACGCAUUUCUCAGGAUAUACAAAAUGUAUAUCAAUGGUUUAUUGGCUGCUCAAUAUAUCGUAUUGGAGAUCAAUGGCAUCGUUAUAUCAAAAUCAAUAGUGAAAAUGUUGAUAUUGUACUUCUUCGUGAUUUAUUUCUUGAAAAAGAAGUGAUACAAGAAGAAUUACCUUAUUGUACAACUCUAUUGCAUCGAUCAUCCAAAAGAAAAAAAUGUGAUUAUAUUCAUCGGUUGUCUAAUAGAAAUAUUGACUAUGGAGAGAUUAUUCAAAAGCAUUGCCCAGUAAAAUUUUAUAAAUUUACACUACAGAAUCUUGAAGUUUGUCUGUUUAUUGCGAUAGUAUGUGUUGGUACACAUAACCAUCCACCUCCGCCUCCAGAAAAAAUACCUGUAGAUAUUAAAUUAAGCCUUCAAUCUUUAAUUUCUCAAGCGAUUGAAGACAAUGAUAUAAUUACUCCACGAUCUAUUCAAUCAAUUGCCAAAGCAUAUAAAAAUAUGCAUCCUUAUGGACAAGGUAUUCUAGGUGUUUUUCAUGCGGCAAAGAAUAGUCAUUCUGAAAUAAAAGACUAUUUACAUCGUAUAGGUUGGGAAUAUAUAAUAGGAGAUUUGGAUUCUGUGCAAGCGAAAGGUUUAGGGCUUGCAUUGUAUAAUAUAGAUCCAUCACGAGAUUGGGAAAUAAAUUUGUUUAACAAACAGUUUUCACAAGAAAUUCAUGAUUUAGCUAAGUCGAUCCUUAAUGCACCUUCACAAGAAUUAGUCAAAUCAAUUUUAGAUAAAAUCGAAUUAUCAGAUGAGCCAGGUGCUAAAGAAUGGGCCAAUUAUUAUAAAACACCUUGGAUAAUUUCUUCAUUGAAGAAUGUACAUAUGUCUAAAAUGGAGCGUAAUAUUUGGAAAAAACAUGAUGACAAUACCAAUUCUGCAGAAUCGGCUCAUGCAUUAGCAAAUAAGGAAGGAAAACAAUUAAAACUUUUAUCAGCUAUUCUACG